CUUCCUUUAACCCCGUGCUUGGCACUCCCGGCAUUAGAAAACACGCGUUAAGGUCAUAAUGAUCCUUUGUUUCAAUCCAAAUUUCGCCUUUCCGAGUAGUUGUUAGUGUUUUAGUUAAUUUUUUCCCUGCGAUUAGAAAUAAUAAGGGUGCAUCGAUAGACUGAGUGGAUGUUAGAAAUCGGUCGUGAAAGUGCGUAAAUGGGGUGCAACACGAGCAAGGAUACCGCGUUACAGCCUCCCGAGGAAGCGAAGGACAAGAACGAGAACGACUCGCCGAAAGUUGAUGGAAAUAAUGUAGACGAAAUAACAGAAACAAAGGAGGAGAAACCGCCCUCGGCCAAGACCAUAACGCUACAGUCGGAGACCGCGGACGGAGUCGAAGAAGCCGUAGACCUAACGGAUCCCGAUCUCGCAGGAGCGGCGACGAAGAUACAGGCGGCCUUCAGGGGACACCAGACGAGAAGGACGAUGAAGCACGAGGACAAGGCGGCAAAAUCGACCGGUUCGCAGCAGCAGCAGCAGCAGCAACACCAGCAGGAAGAGUUCGAGAACGAUUUCGGAUCCGAUGACGUAGAAUUGACUCACGCCGCGACGAAAAUUCAGGCGUCAUUCAGAGGUCACAUGGUCCGCAAGCAGAUGGAUAAGGAGGACGGCGACCAGAAACCCCAAAAGCCGACGCCCGAAGAAGAGGAGCUCGACAUAGACCUCACCGAUCCGGAACUGAAUAAGGCGGCGACGAAAAUUCAGGCGUCGUUUCGCGGUCACGCCGUACGCAAAGAUCAGCCCGGACAGACCGAGACGAAAUGAAGCGAAAAACGUAUACAGUGUGUUAAUACCUACGAAGCGAAUCACGUUACUAACCUACUAUUAUACAGUGUGUGAUUUAUAUUUAGUCCUGUACAUACUUUCAUUUAUCGAGUACUCGUAGCAAUAUACUUUGUUCCCUUCAACUCCUUAGAGUAGGUCCCAGUUUUAGAAAUACUACCCUUUGUCUUUGACCUAUAACCGCCUGCCUUGCUGCAGACAGACGGACGGGACGGUUCGAUACUUUUCUAGUACUAUUCUCGUCAAUUUUAGUAUAGUUCUCCGCGGGACGUUGUGGAUCCGCCCCACAAUGUCGCCCGAAGAGCUAGAGCACUAAAUUAUUUCAAGUGCCAGCACCAAAAACCUACCUUUUCUAUAUUACUAAUAAAAGAAGACAGUAGCUGAUGGUAGUUUUAAAAAUUGUUACUCCGGGCGAGUCGCCCCGCUAAACUAGCAGAAGUUUAAAUAAUUAUAAUAAUUAUUGGCAUUAUUGUUAAUGCUCAAAGGUAUAAAUGGAUAUAGUUAUAGUUUUAUGGAGGAUUUAAAAGAGGCAUUUGUUAAUAUCCCACUCUACUAUUAUUUAUUAUUGUAAAGGCGGCGUUCAGAUUGUAUCUUACGUUGAAAGAACACACGUUUACGCUUACUUAUGUAAAUUGUAUAUGGCGGCAGCAAAUAAAGCGGUAUACCUUUG